AUGAUCGGGCAGGAAGCGGUGUUUUUGGGGCAGGAAGCCAUGUAUGAUGGGUAUGAGCCCGGGCAGGGGGCAGAUGGACUGUCGGAGCCCGAGGGCAUCUCUCUGAAACGCGUCGCUGUGGUGGAAGAUUUCUUUGACAUCAUAUACUCCAUGCAUGUGGAGAGCUCAUCCGAGCCGGGCAAAGCCCCCAAACAUGCUGGGCAGAAGAAAACCUACCGAGCGAUCGCAGAGACCUACGCGUUCCUGCCCCGGGAGGCCGUCACCCGCUUCCUCAUGAGCUGCACCGAGUGCCAGAAGAGGAUGCACUUCAACGCCAACGGGCUGGAGCCCAAAGAGAGYGAGCCGCCCUCCUCGCUGGUGUCGGGGAUCAUCGACUACAACAUGCCCCUCACCUCCACCUACCUGAAGCAGAUGAAGCUGCGGGUCAUGAAUUCCCAGGAGCAGGAUGAGACCUCGGUGAGCAGCGAGGACUUUGACAUGAACGACUCCACAUGGAUCUCAGCUGACCAGCACCUCGCGCCCAGCCUGAGCCCCAGCCAGGACGAGAGCAUGCGCAGCCCGCAGAACCUGCACGGCCAGGAGGACGAUGACUCCUCGUCGGAGAGCUGCAGCGGGAAUGGCUCCUCCACCCUGAACCCCUCCACGUCCAGCAGCACGCAGGGCGACAGCGCCUUCCCCGACAUGAACGGCAAUGGCCCGGCCGCCCCCAUGGACUUCGCCGCCUCGGCCGACGAGCAGCCCAUCAACCUGUGCGACAAGCUGGCGCCGGCGCACGGCCCCACGUCCUACCCGGCGGACGGCUGCAGCGCYGACGGGCUGCGCAGCCGCGUCAAGUACGCUGUGAAGGCCACUGCCGAGUCCCCUCCGUACAGCUCCGGGAGCUACGACUCCAUCAAGACAGAAGUGAGCGGCUGCCCCGAAGACCUGACCGUGGGCAGAGCUCCCACGGCCGACGAGGACGACGACGAUCACGACGACCAUGAAGAUAACGAUAAGAUCAAUGACUCUGAAGGGAUGGACCCGGAGAGGCUAAAGGCCUUCAACAUGUUUGUGCGCCUUUUUGUGGAUGAGAAUCUGGAUCGAAUGGUUCCCAUCUCCAAGCAGCCCAAAGAGAAAAUCCAGGCCAUCAUCGAGUCUUGCAGCCGGCAGUUCCCCGAGUUCCAGGAGCGGGCUCGCAAGCGCAUUCGCACUUACCUCAAAUCCUGCCGCCGCAUGAAGAAGAACGGCAUGGAGAUGACCAGGCCCACACCUCCUCACCUGACCUCAGCCAUGGCAGAGAAYAUCCUGGCAGCCGCCUGCGAGAGCGAGACGCGGAAAGCAGCCAAGCGCAUGCGGCUGGAGAUCUACCAGACCUCGCAGGACGAGCCCAUCGCCCUGGACAAGCAGCACUCCAGAGACUCCACGGCCAUCACCCACUCCUCCUACUCACUGCCAGCUUCAUCUUACUCCCAAGAUCCAGUCUACAUCAAUGGAAGUUUGAACUACAGCUACCGUGGCUACGGCUCCCUCGGCGGCAGCCUGCAGCCGCCGGCCUCGCUGCAGACGGGCAACCACAGUAACGGUCCCACGGAUCUCAGCAUGAAGGGGGGCUCCUCGAGCACGGCCCCGGCCAACAGCAGCAGCCGGGGCAUGCAGGCGGCGCAGCUGAGCCCCACGGAGAUCAGCGCCGUGCGGCAGCUCAUCGCCGGCUACCGGGAGUCCGCCGCCUUCCUGCUCCGCUCUGCAGACGAACUGGAAAACCUCAUUUUACAGCAGAACUGACUCCCCGCGUCUGCACCGCUCCUCUGGUGGAAGACAAUUUAUACCUGCUAGAAAGAGGCUCCCCGUGGUGUCCUGCUCAGGAACACCAGCGUCCUCCCGUGAAGCAGCGGGUACAUGUAGUUUUAGAAGGUGGAACCCAAAAGACCUGUUUUCUUUUACACUCCAAGCACCUGGGACUUCAGGCACAAGGACACGUUUUUGACGCCUACCAACAUGUGUGCAUCUAGCUGACCAGGAGCCAGACCUGCAGCUUGGAAGGAUGUGGGACUUUCAAGGGCAGAAGGGAGCCUGGGGAGGUUUGGGGCUGCAGAUGUAUUUAGGAUAACCUUUGUGGACCCAAAUGUUAGAAUCCCGUCCCCAGAUAAUUUUCAAGUCUUAGGUGAGCUGAAUCACAUAUUUAUUGAGAAAUGGACCCUCCUCUCCCCUUAGUAAUUUAUUUUUCUGAAAAUGGAUUCUUUUGAGUUUGUACAGAUUGCCAGUUUUUUGUCUGUCCGAGCAGAAGGAAUCGGUUCCUGUGAAGUGACACAUUCCAUAUCACGACACUACGUCCCCGGCCGCUCCGCGCCACCCGCCCUGCUCCUCUCGGCUGCACCCGUGGGAGCUGUCCCGGAGAAGGGCGCWGCCGGCCCUGCGCUCG